CGCGGGACUGGCUGGGGACCACGCCGUGUCUUCAUAAAGGGCAGUGGUCCCGCGGGAGCGCCCCACAAAGUGAUCCGACCGCCGUCGCCACCAGGUCCGAGCUGUUUCCGCGGACACCGCGAGAAGACCAGAGAUGCUUACCUGCUGGUGGUGUGUCACUGUCCUCGUGAUGAGCGUUUUGUACCGCGAGGGUCGGGGAUCGAGCUUCCCGCAGCUCCACGUGCAGAGGCAGCUGAGUGAGGUGAGGAGAAAUGCGGGUGCGGGUCAGGCGCCGGCACCGGGUUCGAGCUCGGAACAUAUAAUCAAGAACACGAUGGAGCUGCGGAACUGGAGCCAGAGCUACGAGCCGGGCAGCCAGCCGUGGACGGCGUGGUCUCUGAGGAGCCUUCCAGGAGCACCGGCAUUCAGGGGGUCGAGACCCACACCGGUGCCCCUCUCCGCCUGGGAUGCGACCCAAGCCCCGUCGUUUAAAAACGCCAGAAAGUUCUGGAAUGACUUCACGUUCAGAAGAAGAUCGGAUUUCCAGUCCAUUGUGGCUCUCAGAAAUAAAGAAGUUCAGCAGAAGACCUGCCACACCAUCCCCUUCCAGCAGCAGGUGGGUCACGAGGGCUGCGAGACGGUGGCUGUGAAGAACAAUCUGUGCUUCGGGCAGUGCGGCCCCGGGCACGCGCCCCGCUCCGGGGCCGGGGGCCCGCACGCGCUCUGCUCGUGCUGCGCCCCCAUGAAGGUCGCGCGCCGGACGGUGGAGCUCAAGUGCUCCGGCGACACGCGGGCCUCCAAGGUGGUCACCAUGGUGGAGGAGUGUCAGUGCGAGCUGCGCAGGGGGCGCCACUGUGUCCAUCACAGGGGACCGGUUCUGAUCGAUCCCAGUCUGCCGGAGAAACACUCUUAGCGCCCCGCCCUUCAGAUGCUGAAGAAGCCUUUUCAAGUGUUUUAUAGUGGCUUCCCUCUC